UCUGUAGCUCGCGUGCUGCUACGGAGGAAAGCCAUGCGCUUGUUUGCGUGCUGUUCUGGUCGAAGUUUGUAACUGCUAGUGCGGGAGCUUUCGCUGCUGCUCUACUGUAUGGCUCGGCAGUUCGUGCGCGUCCAUUGCGAUAACAAUACCUCGGUUAUCCCUGUACAUAACUACACUAGAACGGUUUUUUAAUAAUAACAAAAUUAUGUGGCUGGAUAUGUGGAAAAAGAAGCAGAUUUGCAGCAUACAAUGUGGCUGGGUGGAAAUUUAGUGUGCUAUAAUUAGAAAUGUUUGUGAAAGAUAGCUGUUGAGUUACAGCUCUGACGGGCUAAAGUGGAUAUAAAAAGCAGUACCUAUAGCAUUUAACGAGUGCAAGUGGAUAUAAAAUACCAGAAAAAAAAGAAAGUUUGGUUUAAUAGCUGAACCCUUGUUAGAACCUACACGGGAAGAAAAAGUUAAGGAGAAAGUCAGCUAGCUCGAACGAGCAGCACCCCGAAAGACGCAAGAGAGCGAAAAAAAUGUCAUCCAGACGUUAUCCUUGAUAGGAGAAACCGCUCCUUUUUUUAAAAGGUGACUUUUAAAAAAAAGGACGCGUGAUGAAGCCAUCGCAACCAGCCACCAUGAGGGAGUCCUGCUGGCGCAGCACCUUUACCACCAUUACUAGAAGCAGCAACAUGACCACCGCCGCCGCCAGGGCAGAAGCUAUUGGCGGCGGCCGGAGCACCAGCAGUGCCUCUAGGCGAGGGGCAAAAGUCAGCUCUAGCACUGGCCGGAUGCUCCCGUUCGCAUUGAUGGGGCUUUUGAUCGCCUCCUUUUGGCUGCCAUCGAACCUAGUUAACGCUCACGAUUCAUUGGAUGCUUUAUACUAUGACCAAAACUCUAACGGAUCAUCUCUACUGUCUAUAAAUGGCACCAACUCAUCACAACCACCACCGCACAAGGAUCCCCUGUUUCCCACGGACUUAUUCACGCUUGAACAACGUCGCAAUGGUGCUGUUGCAUUACACAUACUUGGCGUAAUAUACAUGUUUGUCGCACUUGCAAUCGUAUGCGAUGAGUUCUUUGUGCCUUCUUUGGACGUUAUCAUUGAGAAAUUGGGCAUCACGGAUGACGUAGCCGGAGCUACCUUCAUGGCGGCGGGCGGCAGUGCCCCGGAACUGUUCACCAGUGUGAUCGGAGUGUUCGUUUCGUUCGACGAUGUCGGUAUCGGUACAAUUGUCGGUUCGGCCGUGUUCAACAUCUUGUUUGUGAUCGGUAUGUGUGCGUUGUUCUCCAAAACCAUCCUAACACUGACCUGGUGGCCGCUGUUUCGAGAUUGCACGUUCUAUAGUGUCAGUUUGCUUACGUUGAUCUAUUUUUUUCGUGAUAACGAAAUCUACUGGUGGGAGGCGCUAGUGCUGUUCAUAAUCUAUAUCGCGUACGCUGUGUUUAUGAAGUUUAAUCAGCAAGUGGAGAGAUGUGUGAAGAAGAUUAUCUAUAAAAAUAAGGUGACCAGAGUUCGAAGCACUGAUCAACUUAUGCCUGCAGAAAUUGGCUUGCUAGAAGAGUAUAAACGCCCAGGAAAUCGUGAUAAUGAGAGUUCUUCGUUGCAAGGAAAUGCAGCCAACUCGUCAGAAACGUCGAUGGCGACGCAACCGGGCGGUUCGGUGACGUCGAGGGCGGCUUCCGAAAGCCGAUCAGGGCCGCCCGGUUCCAGUAGUGGUAGUGUACCGAGCCAUCAGCAUCAAACCGCAACCGGGGCCAAAUUCCGACAUGGUCUGCUGCAGCUGAUGAUCCACACGAUAGACCCAUUGCACGAUGAUCCCGUUCCAGGUAAAGUCGAUGAAAAGGCAACGCAGCUGCACGCGAUAGCGUCAUUAAAGGUUUUGCUAGAUGCCACCAAGCCGCAACGGGGAGCUGCCACGUCGUCUGCGGCGAACCAUGUUAAGAUUAAUUUAAGAGAAACCACCUUAGCUAGUGAUCGUCCGAAUGGAAAUAUAGAUACAACAAUUGAUUCGGGUAACGAAUUAGAAGAAGAACCACCAGAGUCAUUAAGCAUGUCUUGGCCCAAGACGACUAGGAAACGAAUAACCUACCUAUUAGUUGCUCCAAUUAUCUUUCCACUGUACUUAACACUUCCUGACACUAGAACACCAAGGGGUAAGAGGUUUUACCCGGUAACGUUUAUAGGUUCGAUUGGGUGGAUAGCCGCAUACUCAUAUCUUAUGGUGUGGUGGGCUAAUGUGGCUGGUGAUACAGCAAAAAUACCACCGGAGGUGAUGGGACUGACGUUUUUAGCAGCUGGUACCUCAAUUCCCGAUCUAAUCACAUCUGUGAUUGUAGCCCGGAAGGGCUUUGGUGACAUGGCAGUGUCUAGUUCUGUCGGUAGUAACAUUUUCGACGUGACGGUUGGUCUUCCGAUUCCGUGGCUGCUCUACGGCAUCAUUUACGGCCAGCCGGUGGAGGUCAACUCAGUGGGCAUGGUGUGCUCGAUCACGAUCCUGUUCUUGAUGUUGGUGUUUGUCAUCUUGUCGAUAGCCUGCUUCCACUGGCGCAUGAAUAAAGGCCUAGGGCUGACCAUGUUUUUGUUAUACUUCGUAUUCGUUGCCGUUUCACUCAUGUUUGAAUACGAUGUGUUGGUGUGUCCGUUUUAAAUAAGUACGUAAGUAUAUAAGUAAGUACGCUUAAUGCGCUAGAGCCAGUGGUUACUAGGCAGAAUCAUCAAUUUAUGGUAGUUACGUUAACGAACAAACAAACAAAAAAAAUAUGAAAAAGGCGAAAAAAGUAAACCAAAUAAUACUGUAGUGUUAAAGAUGAAUCAACCCACUUGAAACUAGGCAGGUUUUGCCUAGUAAACAGGAUGCAACAACUGAAAACUAAGUUAAAAAUAUUAUUAUGUAUAGUUAUAUAGAACAAUGAUAAUAUUAAACACAAAACAACAACAAUAGAAUUAUAAGCGAAUGGCGCGUAGUUAAGUAAAAUUCAUUCUAUUUAGGAAAUGUUUAACGAAAGAAGCGUCUAACGAUUGUGCAGACGGCUGAGCGAGUUGAUCUAAGGCAUUUUGAAAUAAGCGAGCCCAACCAUAUUAGACAUGUAUGAAAUGACGCUGCAAGAAUCUUCUAUUGAAUCACCUUUGUUAGAUAUUUUAUCUCCUGUUCUUCAUGAAGCUAAAGUAUCAAAUCUAUGAUUAUGCAUUUUAUAUUGUAUUCAACCAAAAACCUAUAUUCGAAACAAAUCUUACCUAACAAAAAUACAUCUAAAUAAUAACAAAAAAAAUCGACUAAUUAAACCAAUAAACUGUAUUUAAACACACAUCUCUCUCUUCUAAAAGAACAAUUUCUAUAAGGAUCUAGACCUAAACAUGCAAAAGUAAAUUAAGCAACAAUUCUCAAGAGCAAGCAUCUAUUACUCGAACGUAAGAAAAACACCUUAGUGGAUUUGAAACAUCAAACCAUUUUCAUGCUAUCGGCUUAACUUUUCACAUAUAAUACACCAACAACAACAACAUAUGGUUCAUUAUAGUACCAUUAGCAUCACGAGCUAGUAGUCCCUUAGUACGUACCGCAGUACACGGUUAACCUAUUUACCAUCUUUAUCAUACUAACGGUAGCUCUAUACUCUAGCUAUCUCUCUUUACUACUCUUCUAGUGAACUUUUCUAUCUCCGACAGACUUUUGUACAGAACUGAAAAACUUUCCCAAAUAUCUUUUCUUAUGUUUCACCAUUUCCCUCUAUAGACCGAGUAAUCUUACAGCUCUUGCUCCGCGUAUUAUCAUAUAGUAGUAAAAAUUGGAUGUUUUACUCUGAAUAGUGUCACGUUAUCAUCAGAUCAUCCUCUAUUCCAUGCUAUCAGCAAUGCAUCUCUUAAUCGGUAUCAUGAAGAGAAAAAAGAACGUGUUAAGAAGUUUUCCGUGCCAUUUGUCUGUCGCUUUAUGUUGCAUCACAAGAGUGACCUAAGAAUUCCCCAUAGAUUUAAAUAAACGCGAGUGUUCCCACGGUUCGUUGUUAAAAAUUCCAAUGCACAGUUGUUGAACUCACCAGCACACAUACACGCAUAGCACGUUCUCACUCAUACCCAGAGAAUCACUGUACAAUGCAUUACGCUUCGGAUACUCGAUAUGUAUUAGCAACAACAAAAUGCACCAUUCUGGCCUGUGUGUCCUGGUUGAAUUAGGUAUAGGUGAGCGAACGUACAGCGCUCAGUAGCGAAACUCUGAAAACCAAACCCACCCCGGGACAGAAAUGCGGAGAACGGGGACGUGACCGCAGAUCAUCAUAUCAUAAAAUUUGGCUCUCGAGAGACUGUUAAAAAGAGCCUACCGCGUAGGUAUUUUUGUUUGUUUCAUGUAGCUGUCCAUGAUUCGGAGCCGAACUGCAAGCCUAGUGGUUUAUUGGCAAUAAGCGAAGCCGUUUCUUAAAAUAUCCGUGCGGCAUUUCACGUAAACUUAUCAAGUGUUUCUGUUUAUUAACAACAGCUCAUACAAGGCUACACAUUGCCUAUGGAAGCUUACUUUUCUAACAUUGUUGCUAUAAGUAUCAGACUAAAAGAUACCGGAUACUUGGUCUAUGAUCUCACAUACAGAAUAUAGUAUAACGUCUGCCGAGGCAGAUAGUCAUUGAAUAUAUACCAAGUAUUUGCCAAAUAUUUUACUGUGACUAUUUCAGUAAAACAAUAUUUGGUAACAGUUCAGUAUUUUACGAUUCUGCCAUGCACAAAAGGCAUCCUGGAAUGUUUUUCAGGGAUCUUUCAACAUGAGCUUGAAUGUUCUCCACCGACUCCGCCAGGGCUUUCCCUUCAGUUUUCUCUUCAACAGGGGGAACAAAAAAGCACCAAGUCGGGGUUAUAAAGAGGCUGGGGCUAACACUGGUCUUUCUCCGGGUCAGGAAGUUGAUAAAGACUAUAGCCAUGUGGCUGGGCCCGUUGUUGGGUGAAGAUCGAAGAGGUCUUCGAUGUUAUGCCUUAAUGUGGGCAAGUUCAGGGUGUCAGCGAUUACCUGAUUGCAUAACCAACAGUUUUGAAUUCGCAAAAGCUGAUCGUUGUGAUUGAUUCGCUGAUUCUGAAGAUUCAGAAUGGGUCUCUUCAGUGAACUCUACUCGGCCCUCUUUGAAGGCCUUGUGGUCCCCUUCGCACAGAGAUCUUGCAAUGCAUUACUCCUUGAAGGCCACUUAAGUAUUUGAUAAAUUUCUAUUUCAUACUUUCCAAGUCGCAUAAAACAUAAACACGUACCGCUGUUCCAGUGAACGCUUCAUAGCACCGAACAACAGACUUCGUACCAAAACACGUCCUACGGCUCCUACUGCUUGAAGCGAACCGAGACCGGUGCGUUAAAAAGUGCAGACCCACGCAGAAAAUCCGACCAGUCUGAGCACGCUAUGGCGGAUAGUCGCGUCACAUUUAAAAUAUACGCAUUACUUUUAUAAUGUACCCAGUAUUCGAAUUAAGCUCUCUAGAGCACUUCGGAUCUUCAUUGCUCAGAUAUUCUAAUCAACUUAAAAUAAAUUUUCGAGUGCAAUGUUUUAUCAUGAUAAAAUGUCUUGUCUUAUACACCAAUCCAACACCAUCAUUUUGCAGUUUCGCAUCUUCAGAUCAGUUGGUCAUAUCAUUUAUGUUUUGGAUCAAAUUAAAUGCCACUCUA